AUGGUGCAAGUCAGAUUCUACCGCAACUAUGGGAAAACAUUCAAGAAGCCAAGACGUCCUUACGAAAAGGAGCGUCUUGAUGCUGAGUUAAAGCUUGUUGGAGAAUACGGUCUUCGUUGCAAGAGAGAGCUAUGGAGAGUUCAAUACUCACUUAGCAGAAUCCGUAAUGCUGCUAGAGAACUUCUCACUCUUGACGAGAAGAACCCUCGUAGGAUCUUCGAUGGUGAAGCUCUUCUUAGGAGGAUGAAUCGGUAUGGUCUUCUCGAUGAAAGCCAGAACAAGCUCGAUUACGUUUUGGCUUUGACUGUUGAGAAUUUCCUUGAACGCCGUCUCCAAACUAUUGUUUUCAAGUCUGGUAUGGCCAAGUCCAUUCACCACGCUCGUGUCCUUAUCCGACAAAGGCACAUCAGAGUUGGGAGGCAACUGGUGAACAUUCCAUCGUUCAUGGUUAGGGUAGAGUCGCAGAAGCACAUAGACUUUUCACUAACCAGUCCAUUGGGUGGUGGUAGACCUGGAAGAGUGAAGAGAAGGAACGAGAGAGCUGGAGCCAAGAAAGCUUCUGGUGGUGAUGGAGAUGAGGAUGAUGAAGAGUGA